UCGUCGUCGCUGUAAUUACAAUGUGCAUUUGUUUUUGUUCACCAGCAUUGUCCGAAUUUACAGUUAGUUUAUAUGUUUUUGUAAAAUGCGAUCGCGGUGAUAUCGGCUAAUAAAGGUGUUGUGCCCAAUGUGAUUUUGUUUAAGUGCGUUUCGUGUUCGUUUAGAAGUUGAGUGGGUUUUGCGUAAAAUACCAGACAGCUGAUCACAGAACAGCUCACACCUGCUACAAAAAGAUAAUAAUUAUUUGAAAGCCUGGCAUUUAAAGGAAAUUAACCAGCUGCCAUCAUAUUUAUAUAACUACAAUUUGAUUGAUUAUGGCGCUGCCAAGAAAACUGAUAUCGAAGAUCUACGAUAUAAAGGCACACGAUAGCAGAGUCACGAGCCUUGAUUUGGGGGAAACGGGUCGAGUGCUGGUCACAGGAGGAGAGGAUCGCAAUGUAAACCUUUGGGCAAUCGGCCAGAAUGAGUGCUUCAUGUCCCUGACGGGCCACAAUCGCUCCAUCGAUUGCGUCCGUUUUGCGUAUAAGGAUAACUUUGUCUACUCCGCCGACGACAUCGGAAUAAUCCGCAGAUGGGACCUAAACUCCCAGAAAAUUUACUCCACCUUAAAUGGCCACAUGAAGAGUGUUCGCACUCUGGACUUUAAUCCGUCCGGAGAAUAUGUGGUGUCCGGGAGCAACGAUACGACCGUGAGGCUUUGGGACGUGCAGAAUGAAAACAACUGCAUUAAGGUGUGCCGCGGUCACAUGUCCCACGUGAAUUCCGUCAAGUUUUCCCCUGAUGGACUUUGGAUUGCCUCUGCUGGCUUGGAGGGCUCCAUCCUCAUCUGGGACAUACGGAAGAGCAAACAGAUAAUGGAGUUCAUAGCGGAACCGCCGGUUACGGCCAUAACAUGCGUUCAGUUUCAUCCGUUCGAGUUCCUGCUGGCAGCCGGGCGUAUAGAUGGCACCGUGUCCAUCUACGAUCUGGAGCACCAGCAGCUCGUCUCGCAGACCACUCACUUCUAUGGUCAAGCUAUUAGAUGUAUAACCUUCAGCGAGAACGGGGAAUGCCUCUUUGUCGGCAGUGCUUCCGGUAUUUCGGUCAUUGGCUGGGAGCCGGACCGUGAGCUAGACCACAUAAAAAGCACCUGGUCCUCGUUGGGCGACAUGAAAGUGGUCAACAAUAAGCUGAUAUGUGGUUGCCAUGAGAUCGACACUGUUUCGAUCAACACCAUCAGUCUGGACCUCGUGAUACCGUUCUACCAGCCGCCGAACUCUCUACCCAACUUCAAGCACAACUCAACGAACCGAAAGAGUUUCUCUCGCGGAAACCAGAAGUUCAGGCUGUCGCUGGGCGGCUCGAAGCCGGCCCAGGUUCAAGAAGAGCACGAGGACAACAAGAGCGAUCUGUCGUCGCCCAACUUUAGUCUGGAGGUGGUGAACGAGGCGGUGCUGGAGUCCGCGGAAACGUCUCCGAUGUCCUCUUUGCCGCCCGUCCACUUGGCCCCGACGGCGGGCUCGUCGGCGGACCUCGCCUCUCAUCAUGUCAUGUACGGGGGGUCAACUGAGGCGUCUUUGCGGCAGGGAAAGUUUUCCAGGGUGCCCGACAAUAUGGCCGGCUAUGCGAGUAGCUACGCCAUCGAUACCCGCCUGAUGUCGAUGAACGAACCCAGUUCGCUGCACAAGCCGGAUAUUUACAACAUAUACUCGCUGGGAAAGGACGAGGAGGCGGACGUGCAGCAGUUGGAAUUCGGCCUGAACGAUAGCAACCCGCCAAUUCUGAACAACUAUGACAACUACGAGAUGGCUGAGGACUUUCCGGUCAAUCAGAACCUGAACUACAUUGCCAAUAACUAUAAGCAAGUGCCCGCCACCUCCACUAUCAACGCCUCGUCCAAGUCGAUCAAGAAGACUACCACCACUGCCCUGCACAAGCGGACCACGGGCAGCAUGGGCAACUCCAAGCAGACGUCCACGGGCAUCUUUGGUGGUAGCAAGCUCAGCCAGGUCUCCUCGGUUAGCUCCAUGGAACUGCACAAGCUUGACGACAACAUGGUCCUGAAAAAGUCGUCCUCCUCGAAUGUCGUCAAUAAGAACAAGCGUCCGAUGGGCUCCGCCCAGAGCCAGUUCAGUAAGGAAAACAAUCAACAGAAAAACAUCAGCGUGGAAAUCAUUACAAAGCCCCCGAUGCGAUCUCGCACCACCCUGGACAUGCGCACGUCGCACCAUACCAAGACUCAGGAAAAACAUAUUCACGUAGGUAUUCAGCACCCUUCACCCUUGACCAAGCAUUCACGUUCGCUCAAUUUAUCCCUGCAGCAGCCACUAAACAAUCGCAUCAUGUUAGACGAUCACGACAUUGAUGUGCUGUCCAGAUCGCAUGAGGCUGUGCUGCAGGAACUAAGCAAUCGCCAGUCCAGCCUAGACUUGCUGCGCCACGCCACACGAUCGCACGAUGUGCUUGGCGCCUUGAGGCAAGCGAAGAACUGCGGAAAAUCUAUUUUCAUUGAUCUGCUCGGAGCCAUACUGGAGAAACCGUCCUCUUGGAACUUGGAUUUCUGCAUGUUUGUGCUGCCAGAGAUUUACGAACUGUUGCAAAGCCAACACAAGUUCCACUUCACGAGAGCUUGUGACACACUUCGUAUUAUUCUGUCAAACUUCUUGCCAACCAUUCAGGAAAACCUCGACUCCUGGGCUACGAAUAACCUGGGCGUUGAUGUGACUCGUGAGGAUCGUCAGAGGAAGUGCGCGGAGUGCCAGCGGUGGUUGCUCCAAAUCAAGAACCUGCCAGAAAGCACACAUUUCGGGUCGACGCUGUCGCAACUGCAGAACAUCAUUAUUUUCUAAGGGCUACGCAUAUCCAGCUUUGAAGUCUCCUCGGCGUUCAGAUCAGCUCUUGAACGGUACAAAGAUCGUCAACAAAAGAAAACCACCAGCUUCCCAAAACCUGAUUCAAAUACGGUGUUGUGGGGAGUGGCCUCAUUUGUCGCUCUAAGCUGCCAAACUAAGGAAUUAAAACAAUCGUGUCAGGAACUGCUGCUCGGAAGCGAGCUCUUCCGAACCCUGUUUAUCCAGCAUUAACAACAUUAGGGCCGUUUUUUCAUCUCCAUGUUGCGAUUAAACGAGCUUUUAAACUGCGAUAUUCUGCGCGAUUUCCUAGUUUACGACUGCUUUCAGCGAACCAUGAAGAUGUGAAAACAGGCCUUAGUCAUUUAAUGAUUCAUACUAUUAAUUUGUUAUGGAAACUAAUUUAUAAAAUUAUUAUUUACAUAAACCUAAGUCUUAAAAAUUUGAAAAAAUAUAAAAACACAAAAACA